CAACUGUUCGCUCUGUUCUGUGAUCAUGGCUGCACUGGACCACACCAGCCAUGUUUGCUAAUUUAAAACCCAAAGGUUAGGGAAUAGUUGUUUAUUAUUUAUCGCCGUGCCAUCUUUACUCCCAAAUCUGAUUAAUCGAAGACCAAGAGGCAUCGGCGCCUUUGAAAUCCAAGGAAUAAAAGAUGGAGGCAAAUAAUCAUUUCAACUAUGGCACCCACUCCUCAGCAAACUCAGGACUGAAACUCUCCUCAGGGGAUUCUCUUUAUACUAACGGGUCCUCCAUGAGUUUCCCUCAGCAGGGGAAGAAUAUGAAUGGCGAACUGAAUGUGAAUGGCGUCACUACUGUACUUGGAUCUGGUGUGUCUGGUUCCCACCCACCAACAGCCCCUUACCCCCACAUGAGCAACCACCACCAGAGCAACAUGGGCUAUGACUACUUGUGGGGAGGACAUCCUCAGUAUGGUCCAGCUAUGAGCACCUCUGCUGGUCAAGGGAUGCACCAGAAGCAGCCCUCACCCGGAAUGGGGCAGCCACAGUCUCAGCACCACUACCAGGGUCGUGGACAGUACCAGUUGAAUGGGAGUAUCGAAGGCUCCCACCAGCCCCCUGUGGCAGGCCCACCAAAUAUGCCUCUUAGUGGGGGACAGUACUGGAACAGAAGUAACCCUGGCCCACAGCAGAUGAAUUACAACUCUCAUAUGUAUGGGACCUACCAGAGUCAGGCACAUCCUGGGAUUACACAGUCUCAGCAUCACCAGCAGCAAUCCUUACAACCGCCCCCACAUCAGCAGUCUCAGUCGCACCUCCACUCUCAUCGUCACCCACAUCAUCACCACCAGCAGCCACAGCACUAUGGCAUGAUGCCUAAUGGGAUGCCCUACUACCAGCAUCAGCCCCAACGCCCGUCCCUGCCAUCUACGCAGCAGCAGCCACCACCGCAGCAGCAAUCUCAGCCUCAAGGCCAGGCUCAGAUGAUGCCCCCAACUUCCCAGAACUUUACUCCCCCACGUGGCAGCCCACAACACCACAGUUUAGGCAGAGGGGGCACUGGCAGCCCUCUUCCUGUGGGGAUGUCCCCGGCACCGAUGAUUUCACCAUCAUCAGUCCAAGAGAGUGGGUCACCCCAGCACCACAACAGGGAAAAAAGUCCUCACUCUAGCAAUGUAGGAGUGGCUAUCGUCUUGCAAGGGCACACAAGGGAAAGUGUCAAAGAGGUAGACCCAAGCUACAAUGGUAUGGCCCAGAGGCAACCCAAAGGUGACAGUUACCAAUCGAAAAGAUCUACUCCACAUACAGAAUCUCCAAGUGAUUAUCGCCAACAUCCUGAAAAAUCUGUAGCUCAUUGUCCAGAACUGGCAUCUUCUGUGAAAGAGCCAGCAGCGAAUGCACCUCCCCAGGCCAUGUCACCUCAGCUCCCUGCAUCUGCCUCCAACGCAGCAGCGCCCAUGCCUCUAACCAAGGUCUCAACUCCUCCUCAGGCAUCUUCGACUUCUGUUGUUUCUGGGUCUCCCAUAUCUGCCCCUGUUCUCCCAGGGGUUUCAGUUUGCGAUGUAGAAGUUACCCCAAAACAAAUCUCAACACCCUCCACUGUGUCCAACGCUCCAUCUCCAGCUGUUCCACCCAGACUUUCCUCUCCCCCUUUAAUGGUGCAAGGCCUCAGGCCUCUCCCUGCUGCUGUGACUGAAAUAUCCACUACUGGACCCACGUCAGCAGGUUCCCCCUCUUCCUCUGUGGCUGCAUCAUCUCCAGUGAAGCCAUCUUUUGCUCCUCAGAAUAAGGCAGCAUUUCCUCCCACAGCUUGUGGACCACCUACAACUGUGUCCACCUCUGUCACCACUUCUUAUUCGGUGUCCAUGCCUAUGUCAACUCCUAAACAAAUGGUUCAAGAGUCCCAGGGGCCUCCAAUGACAGCUGAGUUCCCAGAUACACCUGAUAUUGAACAUAACAAGUCCAUAGCUCCAGCACUGACUAUCCGUUCAGCGUUUACCACAUCAGUGAGUUCAAAUGUCUCAUCCGUCACAGAUGUUCCAUCUCCGAUAUCAUCGUCAUCAGGGCCUUCAGCCUCAGCACCAUCCAACUCCACUGCCUCUAUAGCAUCUUCAGCAUCAGGAGAGAUGAAUUUAGCCUCUCUAGCAGCCCGUGAAAGUUCUACAGCCAGACCUCUAUCUACCCUACCUCUUCUAACCACUCAAGCCUCCAGGACUGCACCUGUGUCCAUCCCUCCUGCCUCGAUGUCUGUGCUUCCUACAAAAUGUACUACUUCUGGGGUGAUUCAAAAUUUUCACUCUGAGCAUCCUCCUCCUAAUGUCACGCCUAUUCAUGGUCAGAAGCAGUUGUCUCCCAAGCCAGAACAUAGUGAUGACAGGAAAGAGUUGGCUAAAACAGAGGCUGGAAAAGCAGACAAAACCUUGCCUCAUCUAGAUUCAGGCACAGUAAAAACACCACAGAAUAUAGAAGCUACUGAGACUCCUAAAUCUGAAAUGCUCUCACCUAAGUCCCUCACUAAUGUUCCUGGGAAACCCUCACCAUCUCCAAGUGCGCCUCAUCACAAGCCCGAUAAUAAACAAACUCAUGAGGAAGUAGAACAUCUGACUGAUAACGAAAGUUUUGAUAGCUCUUACCAGUUGGAUGGCAGUUUAUUGUACAACAAGUCCUCUAGAAUUGAUAAUAGCUCUUUCUUGGAAAAGACCACUGGUUUAGGUGGUGAUGGCUCUUAUGUAGAUGAAUUCACUCAUUCUGACAACAGUUCUCACCUAGGAGAAGACACUUCUCAGUUUGUGAGCACUUCAAAUGCAGAAGAUGAACCAUCUAUUAUGUUUGACAACACUAGAGAUAGCAGCUCCUCUGUGGAAGACUCCAGAGAUGACACACUGGACUCCACUGAUGUAGGGGAAACCUCUGAUGCAAAGGAGAGUUUCCAAACCAUGGGUGAAUCUAUGCUGGAGUCCUCUCAGAACAAUACCUCCAAGAUGGAAGAGCCAUCAAUAAGUGAUGUGUCCACGUCACAAUCAUAUGGGUCAAUGCAGCAAAGUCAUCAAGGUCAUGAAGGAGAGUUGGAGACAGGGGGACAUGAUACUCCAGACUCAGCUGGACGCACCAUCAUUAAGACCACUCUUCAUGAAAUGAUGACUCCCCCGAGUUUCAGGAUGAGAGAUGAAAAGUUCAUUGCCUUUAGUACCCCAGCAGAGAGCCCUGCUGUGCACCCACUCCAACCAGUGACUGAUCCGAUUGUGCCAGAUACUGGAGAACAUAAGAAAACCCCAGGGAAACAACGUAAACCUCGCACUCCUAAACUAAUAUGGAGUAGAACACCAGAUUCCCAAAGCUCUGGGGAGGCCCAGCGGAAACCCAGGGUUCGAACCCCAAAAGCAGAAAAGAUGAAGACAAAGGAGGAGGGAACCAGGGAAAAGGGCACCCGAAAGAGAAAGAAGUCUCUUAAAGGGGAUGUUAAAGAAGGAGCAGAUGGAUCUGUUGAGGCUGGGUCUCUAACAAACGAGGUUGAUCCAAUCAUGGCCACCAUUGAUGCUGUUCUGGCCAAUGCCUCAGCCAUCAGCACUACUUUCGUCAAACCUAGGAAGAUGAAAAAGUCGAAGAAACAAAAUCAGGAGGGUACCGUGGCAAAAACACCUAAACUGGAUGCAGACACUACUGCUGAUGAUGGUGGUGACGAUAAUGACGAUGACAGCUCCACUGCAGGUGAAUCUAACAGACGGAGAGUUGCAACGGAGGAGCAGGUUCAGUUUCCUCUUUUGCAUGGUUGGAGAAGGGAGAUUCGAGUGAAGAAAACUGAAAACCGCAUGAAGGGGGAAACCUGGUAUUACACACCAUGUGGAAGAAGGAUGAAGCAGUUUCCAGAAAUAGUCAAGUACUUAAAGAAACACCAGGACAGUGUGGUAACCAGGGAGAACUUCAGCUUCAGUCCACGCAUGCCUGUUGGAGAUUUCUACGAAGAGAGGGAGACCUCUGAGGGUGUUUCAUGGGUUCUCUUGGCUAAUGAAGAAGUCCCAUCUAUGAUCAUGGCCAUCACUGGUCGGCGUGGUCGACCUCCUAAUCCUGAUAAAGAGAAACCCCGUAGGGUUCGUGGCCUUAGAGAAGGGCAGGCCCGCCGCCCAGGUAGACCUCCAAAACUCAAGAUGAUUGACCUCCUUAGCAAAGUUGACGCCAAACUGUUGAAGCGACUUGAAGCCAAGGAAGCUCUUACAGAGGAAGAAAAGGAGAAACUAGCAAAAAUAAAAAAGAAGAUGAAGAGAAAGGCAAGACUGAAGAGAAAGGAGGAUGCUAAGAUCAGAAAGAUGAAAGAAGAAAAGAAGAAAGCGAAGCUUGAACAACAGGCCAGAAGUCUAGGGGCGAACUUCUCAACAGACCAGCAGAAUCUUUCCCUUAUAGCGUCUGCAGCACAGCCCAAGAAGCCUGGCCGCAGGAAGUCAGUAAAGGUUGAGGCUCCUCCAGUGAUACAGCAGACAGAUGAAGAGAGGAUAGCCCAGGGUAAGAGAGUGCUCGGUGCUCGGAGUAAAGCCAAGGCUCUGGCUAAGGCCCAGGCUGAGGCCGCGGCAGCAGCUCAGGCUGCACUGGCUGCUAAGAGGGCAGCAGAGAGGAGAGCACAAGCCCAGAGACGUCUUGAGGAAAGAAAGAGGCAACAGAUGAUCGCAGAGGAGCUGAAGAAGCCCGCAGAGGACAUGUGUCUCACUGACCACAAGCUUCUACCAGAACUGUCCCGUAUUCCUGGUGUGGUCCUUUCUGGUACUGCCUUUUCACACUGCUUGGCUGUGGUGGAGUUCUUACAUGGCUAUGGAAAAAUCAUUGGUCUUAAUGUACCCAAGGACAUUCCUAGCCUUGCUACCCUGCAGGAGGGCCUACUUGGCCUGGGUGAUAGCCAAGGAGAGGUCCAGGAUCUACUGAUUAAGUUGGUGGAGGCUGCACUUCAUGACCCUGGCCUACCAUCAUAUUAUCAAUCUGUAAAGAUCCUUGGGGACAAGCUGGUUGAAUUGGAGCUUACUCGCAGCACAGUUUCAGAAGUGCUACGCAUCUUUCUGGAAUCACAUGGUUAUGAGACUGAAGUAUGCAACACAUUGAGGACCAAAACGUUUCAUGCCCUGCCUCCUGAUACCAAGGCAGCCAUCCUGGGUUUCUUAGUGGAAGAGCUAAAUAGCAGCAACAUUGUCACAAGUGACAUUGACAACACAUUGGAAAACAUGGCCACCUACAGAAAGAACAAAUGGAUCAUUGAGGGAAAAUUACGCAAACUGAAGGCGGCGCUAGCACGUCGUACAGGACGGUCAGAGGAAGAGCUGUGUUUUGAGGAGAGGAGGCGCAGUGCCAGAGUGGCUGAGGAAGAAAACCUCAAUUUAGAGGAGAGUGGCCUCAUUGUUGAGAGAGGCAAUCGGCGGGCACGCAAAGAAGAACCCAAACUUAGUGAUAGUGAGAGUCCUACCAAUGCCAGCAUUCCAGAGCUUGAAAGGCAGAUAGAUAAGCUAUCCAAGCGACAAGCAUUUUUCCGCAAAAAGCUGCUACAGUCGUCUCAUUCCAUGAGGGCCAUCUUGCUGGGCCAAGACCGUUAUCGUCGCAGAUACUUGGCUCUACCUCAUCUUGGAGGAGUUCUUGUUGAGGGUCCUGAAGAGCUUUUGACCUCAGGAGAUGUACUUGUAGCUGAGGUGCCUGUCACCUUCCUUAAAAAGGAGCCCAAAUCUGAGGAAACCCUGAUACCCACAAGUCCUCCUCCUACCCUUCCUUCCUCUCCCUCUUCAGUCAUCCCCUCCCAGACCUUAUCUCCAGAUGAGGACCCCCUUCCUGGCACUGCGUCCCUCAUGAGCAGGCCAAGAGUACGUGGGCGCCCCCGAAAAAUUAAACCAGAAGUGGAGCUUCACCUCCGUACAGCAAAGAUUCGCCGCAGGCGUCGAAGUAGUGUUAGGUCUGGGGGUGAAGAUGGCCCAGGAUCACCAAACAGCGGUUCACAAGACCUCACACAGGCUGCCUUCCAAAACUGGCUCAGCCAAUCACAGGACGCACUGACUAAUGGUACAAAUUCAGCAGCAGGGGACGCUCCAGAGGGGAAUCGCCCAGAGGAGAGUGUGAAGGAGAUGGCUGAGAAACAGGGACAGUGGUUUAACCUGCUCCCUAAACAGCCAUGUGAUGAAAACUCUCUGAGCGAGCCUCAAGCACCCACCUCACCCCGCUCACCUCCAAAACUCCUUCCACAGAUUCCAAGUGCUCUGCCUGCCCUUGCUGCUCCACUCAUACAGCCUGAUCCGCUCUUGCCGGUCUUGGCCUCAUCUGACCCUGUGAACCCAGCACCGCCACAGGACACCGCCUCUCCAGCUCCUGCGCCCUCAGUUUCUGAUUGUGCCCCAAAUCUGUUACCAGAGGCACCUCCUCUUCUUCCUGUUGCUGUUGUUGCAGCACCCCCUCCGGUUGCUGCUCCUAUAACUACCGCUCCUGCUCCAGCCACUCCAGCCAGGCCAGGACGCAGACGGAGAAGAGGAAGCAGAGGCAGUAGUCCUGCACGCCGUGGGCCACGUGGAGCUGCAGCCAAACGUCGUGGCCGUCCACCAAACUCUGUGUUCCAGGAGCUUGAGCAGCAGUACUUCACACAGUUGGUGGUCAAACCAAUACCAGCAUCAAUGGUACGUGGCUGGUGGUGGAUCAAGGAUCCAGAGGAGCUGUAUAACACAUUACAGGCCUUGCAUCCAAGAGGAAUUAGGGAGAGGGUGCUCCAUAAACAUCUGGCCAAACACAUGGAGAGCCUAGCUGAGAUGUGCACCAGAACUAUCAACGACCCAUUGUUUGAGUUGAAGGUAGAGGAGAAAGACGUACUCAUGGAGGCUCUGCAGCAGCCAUGGCAAGUGCAGGAGAAGGCCAUGGAGACUGAUAUCAGCGCCUUGCAGUGGGUGGAGGACCUAGAGCAGCGUGUCAUUGCUGCCGACCUUCAUCUUAAGGCACCUCCUCAGAGUGCUUUGAAUGAUGCAGAAUCAACAACAGACACACCAAUGGCAGAAUUUCAGCCAUAUACAAUCCCAGAUCCAGACUCCACACGUGAUGACCUCCAGUACUAUGAGCAUGACGCUGAUCCACGUGAUGACUGGAUCGUGCGAACAAAGAAGGAGUGGUCUGGCCUGCCACGUAUAGCCACACAUCCCCUAGAUUUGGGUGUUCUGCGGCUAGCUAACCUUGAGCGCAACAUCGAGAGGCGCUACCUGAAGGAGCCCCUGUGGAACCCAGCUGAAGUAAUGCGUCUGGCUCCUCUCACCCCUACACCAGGAGAAGAGCAUCCCAUGGAUGUUAUUAGCCUGGAAAGUGAGAUUACUUCUCGGCUACGCACAUGGCGGCAAGCUCUAGAUCGGUGCCGUAGCGCUCCUCAGCUUUGUCUGUGUUUACUUCAGCUGGAGAAAGCCAUCGCAUGGGAGAGAUCUGUGACGAAAGUGACCUGCCAGGUUUGCAGGAAAGGAGACAACGAUGAGUGCCUGUUGCUGUGUGACGGCUGUGACCGUGGAUGCCACAUGUACUGCCUGAGGCCCAAGAUCACUCAGGUGCCAGAGGGAGACUGGUUUUGUCCAACCUGUGUUGCCAAGGAGGAAGUGGAAUCAACUCACAGCCACCGCUCGUCCAAAAAGCGGACCAGAACCAAGAAGAGAAGAUAUGAGGAUGACAGCUCUGACGAUGAAGCAGCAACAACUACAACAUCGACAACGACCACACGACGUAGUGGCGGCAUGACGACACGACACAAGGAGAUCACACCAUCCUCGUCAGUGUCUCGUUUCUCCGGAGAAGGAGGGGGCACUAAACGACGACGCAUGAUGACCCGCAACCAGCCAGACCUCACUUUUUGCGAGAUCAUUCUAAUGGAGAUGGAGGCUCACACAGAUGCCUGGCCAUUCCUCGAGCCGGUCAACCCCAGACUGGUCCCAGGCUACCGCCGCAUCAUUAAGAACCCUAUGGACUUUCUCACCAUGAGAGAAAGACUUCUUCAAGGAGGGUAUUGUAGCUGUGAAGAGUUUGCAGCAGACGCUCAGCUGGUCUUCAAUAACUGCGAGCUCUUCAAUGAGGACACUUCAGAGGUGGGAAUGGCUGGACAUUCCAUGAGGCGUUUCUUUGAGAGCCGCUGGGCGGAGUUUUACUCAAAUAAGGACAAAUAGGAGCUGACGACUCCUCCCCUGAUGGCAGGCCUGUAGACUGUUGGUGCUUUCACCGUCCCAGUCACACCUCCCCAUUACUGCUAAGACUGUCUGGAGCCUCUUCCAGCUACAUGUAUUCUUUCAUGUAUAGGUAUAUAUGUAUAGAUUUGGCUAUUUGUCUGUUAUUGUACCCUCCAUCGGCCUAAUGUUUUUAAGGCCCAAAGCUGAACUGGCUAGUACUCGUGCCCAUUCCCUAUCACUUCUUCUGUGUCUCUUUAUCCUCACUUCAGCACCUCAUCUCCCGUUUGCGUUCUGUCGUGUCCUUUCAAAAGCCCCAUGUCGUAGCGAGGCCUUCGGUCUAGCCCUUCUGUGGGGCGACAACACGGUCUCCGGCCCUGAGUAUGGUGGCCCUCAGAGUCUUACUGAAGGUCAGGGACUGAUCACACUAGCGCGGCCUCACUGGACCUGCUCGAAUGACAAACGGAUCAAAUAUCUUACAAAGCUCGGGCCAUUUCUUAACCUGUUCAAUGGAAAUGUAAUGUAACGUGGUCUUAUGCCUAGAAGUAAUUUUUUUGCUCAAUAUAUUUUUAUUAUAUAUUCUAUAUAUAAAUCUAUAUACAGAUUACAAUAGCUGGGAUUAUUUAAUAGCAAUAGCUUGUAGUGAAUGUGUACAGAUUACCUUUAUAGAGAUGUCUAGACGAUUUAUGAAAAGGCCAGUUAAACUAAAAGGAAUCUGUUAUUGGACUGUCACAAGUAGACGUUUGUAUAACCUCCACUUAAAGUCUCACGCACACACAUAUGUACACCCAUCACCCACACCCACACGAACAUGUACACAGUUUCACACAAACAACCCACCUUCUGCUGCUGCGUGAAAGACACUGGUUUCAGAAACUGGAGGAUUUAGUGUCAGUCAGUCUGGGUUUAGACUCGUGUAUUUCACGGUCCCUCAUGUUGAAUAAACCAGCUAGUUACACCUGAUCACAUGACUGAAAGGACGCUACUGCAAUAUUAGCGCCGGUUAAUUUGUUGAUUAGUCUGUUUAGUGAACACACAGCUCACACUGAAGACGUGCUCUUGCGUACUGUAGUCACAAUGGACAGGUUUAAGGAAAAUUCCCUCUUUUCUGUCUAAGAAGAAGUGUUUGCAGCUCCAGGCUUGUAUUUGACCAACUGACCCGUGUUGAAAAUGACACUCUUAUCAUUCUGUGGCUUGACUAACUAAGCUAAAAACAUCGAAGGGUGGAAGAAGGGGGAGACUUAAAGAUCUGAUGAAGUGUAAAUUCCUGCCUGGUUUUCCGUCUUACAUUCCUUUAUUGGUUUUCACGUUUUGUGCUGUUCAAGGGCCAAUGUACAUGUUGCACGGCAUGGUCGGUGUGUUAUGAAAGCGACAGGACGACUCCACAGUCUGGGUUUUAUUUAAACUUGUUUCUUACACUGAACGCAAAAUCCGUUGAUAGGAAUUAAACUUUGAUGUUCCUUAUCUCAUUUAAAGGGACAGACGUUUUUUCAAAAAAGAAAAAAAGACAUGAAAACCAAACGUGGUGUUUAGUGAAUUUUUAAUAAUGUACAGUUUUGGUGACUUUAAAUUUGUUCCUUUAUAUUUUUAGGACCAAUUCAUCAUUUUUAAGAGGAGGUAUUACAAGACUCUGUUGUAUUAAGGUGAUGUAACACGUGUGCAUCUGUAGAAUGUACUGUGAGUUGAAUAAAAACCACAUCUAGUAGAGAGUA